UUGAGACUUGAGAGUGGGAUGUCAAAAUAUCUUUAAUCUCUCCUGCCUGCCACCCUUUGCAGAAGCAUCAACCAGUAGUACUUCUCAUAAGGGAUCAGCGGCCUUAAGAGAAGUAUCAGCUUCAGGGUGGUAGCAGUUGCAGAUGGAUGAAGAGUAGCAAGCAAAAACAGCAGCUCGAGUGAAAGGCCAGGCAAAGAUUUUGAGCUCUACAAGAAAACUGUAAAAAAAAAAAAAAAAAAAAAAAGUCUUUUUGAAGAGCAAAAUCUGAACGUCUAGGAAUCUGGAUUUCCAGGGUAAUCAUCAGCCCCCUCAGAGGCCUGUCCACCAAAUUAGACACCUAAUACCACAAGAAACACAGCAACAAAAUCCAGGCACGAGCACUCCCCAUUUGCAACAUCUUCAACCUCAAGAAAACCAACCACCAUAUGGGCAAGGGCAAGAAGUAGCAGCCAACAGACAGUCUUUGAAACAAACCAGUACUUCAAAAUAUAAAGAAAGAAUGGGCAUGAAGGGCACUGACGGAGAAAUAGUUCAAGUCCAAGGAGGUCACAUUGUUCGAUCCACCGGGCGAAAGGACCGCCAUAGCAAGGUCUAUACCUCAAAAGGUCCCAGAGAUCGGAGGGUCCGGUUAUCAGCCCACACUGCCAUUCAAUUCUAUGAUGUUCAAGACCGGCUAGGCUAUGACCGACCCAGCAAAGCUGUAGAUUGGCUUAUAAAGAAGGCAAAGUCUGCCAUUGACAAGCUUGCUGAGCUACCGCCAUGGCACCCAAAUGUUAGUAAUACUGCUGCCGAUGCUAUGGUAGCUGAGCCUAAUCUAGGCUCAAGUGGUGAAAUACCAAUACAAGAUCAAUCAGAGUCACCUGGCUAUAGCUUUCAGAUCCAUAGGCAAUUGGGUGAUAACACAAACAAUGAUUCAUCUUUCAUCGCGCAGCCUUUAGACACUGAUUCUAUAGCUGAUACCAUAAAAUCUUUCUUCCCAACAAGCACUACAAACUCAUCAAUCAACUUUCAGAACUACCCAGCUGAUAUAAUCUCAAGAACUACAAACCACACUGAAGAUCUUGGCCUAUCACUUCAUUCCUUUCAAGACUCUGGUCUAAUUCAUGGUCAGUCAAGGGGAGAUAGAAGUCACACACCUUCAACUGAUCAAACCCUCUUCGCAGGCUCAGCUUCUGUGGGGUUCGACGCCAACUUUCAUCGAAUGGUAGCUUGGAACAAUGACACAAGCUCAGAAAAUAGAGGUGGUAGUUUUAUGUUUAACUCACCGUCGUUGUCACAACAAGCAGCAUUAGCAUUUUCUCAGAGGGGACCCCUUCAGUCCAGUUUCACGCAAUCAGUUCGGGCUUGGGAUGAUCUUCCUAUUGGCUCCACAGACCACCAAAGAACACAUGAAAUUCACCAGUCUUCAAUUUUUGGCAGUCGCUUUGUGUCUGAUGGAUUGCAAGGGUUUAGCAUUCCUGCUAGAAUUCAUGGUGAAGAGGAGCACAGUGAAAGGCCAACCUCUUCUUCUCCCAAUUCUCACCAUUGAAUCUGUCCCAAGGGAUGGAAUUAAUGGAAGCAAUGCAUAGCCCUGUUAUCCCCAUGUAUGCAGAAUAGUAAAAAUAAGUUACUUGUCUGAAGUUUGUUUGAAAGUUUGGGGGAUGAGGAGAGAUAGAGAAGACAGUUAGCUAGUUCCCUCUGACAGAAGCAAAAGCAGCAACGAUAGCAUCAAGUACUAGCUAAUUCCUGUUUGACUUUACCGUGCUACUUCAUUAAUGGCAUUGCAAUGUUCCCUCUUCACACACCACUAUUAUUGCUCUUGCAAUAACUGUAGCUGUACUGUAAUUUUCCAGACUCCACAUGGCUUUGUUCAAUUCGCAAACAAGAAGACGAAGAUUGAUAAUGAAUGAUGUAACAAGUUCACUGUUGGGUCAGUCUGUUUUUCUUAAAAAAAAAAAAAAAUUGAUUUCCAAAGUUGAUUGAGGCCUCCUCACAUUCGAGGACUGGACUUGGUCCAUGAGACUUGGAUCCAAACAGAGGUCCAUUUGUAUUGAGGAAUGAGGAUGUAUCCGAACAAAAGUAAUAUGG